CACAUACAGAUUGUUGAGACACGUCUCCUUCGUUGACUGCCCUGGUCACGACAUUCUCAUGAGCACCAUGUUGUCAGGAGCUGCGGUCAUGGACGCCGCGCUGCUGCUGGUCGCCGGAAACGAGACCUGCCCGCAGCCUCAGACCUCCGAGCACUUGGCUGCUAUCGAGAUCAUGAAGCUGGACAAGAUCAUCAUUCUGCAGAACAAGGUCGAUCUGAUGCGGGAAGAGGCCGCCCUGGCACACUAUCAGUCCAUUUUGAAGUUCAUCCGUGGCACUGUCGCCGGCAAGUCGCCUGUGAUCCCCAUCUCUGCCCAGCUGAAGUUCAACAUCGACGCUGUGAAUGAGGCUAUUGUCAACACCAUCCCUGUGCCUCCCAGAGAUUUCAGCAUGGACCCUCAGAUGAUCGUCAUUCGGUCUUUCGACGUCAACAAGCCCGGUGCGGAGAUCGACGAGCUGAAGGGUGGUGUCGCCGGUGGCUCUAUCCUGCACGGUGUGCUCAAGCUCGGCGACGAGAUCGAGAUCCGGCCAGGUAUCGUCACUCGUGAUGACAAGGGUGACUUGAAGUGCACGCCCAUCUUUUCCCGCAUUGUCUCCCUCAACUCUGAGUCGAACGACCUCAAGUACGCCGUCCCCGGUGGUCUCAUUGGUGUCGGCACCCGCAUCGACCCUACUCUCUGCCGUGCCGAUCGUCUUGUCGGCUUCGUUCUCGGACUCAAGGGCCGCCUGCCUGAGAUUUACUCUGAGAUUGAGGUCAACUUCUACCUGCUCCGUCGUCUGCUCGGUGUCCGUACUGCGGACGGCAAGCAGGCCAAGGUCGAGAAGCUGGCCAAGAACGAGGUCAUUAUGGUCAACAUUGGUUCUACCUCAGCAGGUGCAAAGGUGGCGGCUAUCAAGAAGGAUGCUGCGAAGCUUAUCCUGACCAACCCCGCCUGCACAAACAUUGGUGAAAAGGUUGCGCUGUCUCGACGUAUCGAGAAGCACUGGCGUCUCAUUGGCUGGGCUACGAUUGCUGCCGGAAAUACUCUGCAGCCCAGCACUAACUAAGUUGAUGACUAUUGUGAGAGCGGCGGUAGUGAUCAUGGAAGGGAGAGUGGGAAUCUGUCUCUAUUGUGGAUACGCCCUGGCUGCCAUGGCUAUGGCUGUAUCUAGAGAGCAUUAGGAAUACAAAAAAGUCAGUUCAGUCACAGUACAAAA